GGGACCUGGAGGGUGUUUUUUUAUUGAUCUAAUAUUAUUGUGGAUUAUUGAUGGAGCAGCUCGGAGCCCCAGCGGAGCCUGAGGGUGAUGAAGACCCCGGAGUGAUGAAGGACCUGGCGGGUCGAGAGCCUCUGCUGACAGCCUCCAUGCUGGGUCGCAGCUCCGCAGUCCGGGAUCUGAUCCGGUCCGGAGCCCCGGUCAACCAGCAGACCGCCAGAGGGUACUCGUCCCUCCACCUGGCGGCCUGUUGGGGACACGUGGACACAGUGAGGACUCUUCUUGAACUGGGAGCAGAUCCAGAGACCAGGACCUUCAGGGGGGACAGACCUGUAGACCUGGCCAGGUCCUACUGCAGGACCGAGUGCACCGAGUGUCUCCUGGUGGCUGAAGCUAAAGAGGAGCUGGUGUCCUGUUUGGCGUCAGUCAGAGAUCUGAUCAGUGAUCCAGAGAGAAACCUCUCCAAGGAGCAGAAGAACGUCUGCACUCGUUUGUGUUCUACCAAGUCCGACUGGAUCCAGAGCGUCCGGAGGCCGACGGUCUCAGACUUCAGGUCCCAAGUUAAAGACUUGGAGGACUCGCUGCAGCCGAUCCUCGGCACGCUGCCGGCUCCGGGGCACCACCUGGAAUAAAACGACUCGUUUCUACUUUCUGCAGCUCAGGCUGCAGGAGCCCACACACACUAUAAUAAUAAUAAUAAUAAUAUAAUAAUCAGAGACGCUCAUCAUCUUCUGAUGUUUAUUGAACAGAACUCUGAUUGACUUUCCUUCAUUUCAAUAUAAAAUAAAAUGAUUCACUUGAUGUGAUCCAAAACAUUUAGUUUCUCAGUUUGUUUUCUAGUGAAAACUGUUUCACUCCAAACCUCCAAAACUCCAUUCACACUAAUUAAAUAUCCAGCUGGCCUCUUUUGUGUUUACUGUUUUUUUGUGUGAUUCUGGUCUAUUUUUGUGUUUUUUGCAAUUUUUGUGUUUUUUAUAAUUU